AUGUCUUUCCUUUCUUUGGAGGAUAAAACGACCAACAUUACAAGGAAAGGAAUUACAUCUAUUCAUACGAGCACAUGUAUCAGCGCAACUCUACCUGAAGCCAACGGAAUGCAGGAUCUGUUACAAAAAUAUUCUCAAAUUACAACACCAUUCCGGUAUACAGAAACCGUUCGUCACAAUGCUGAACACCACAUUGAUACUACGGGCCCACCCACGCAUUCAUCUCCACGGCGAUUGAGGCCUGAUAAAUAUAAACUGGCGAAAGACGAGUUUCAGCACAUGCUGGACCUCGGUAUAAUUAGACCUUCUUCGAGUCCUUACUCAUCUCCUCUUUAUAUGGUUCCAAAACCGGACUCAGGAGCUUGGAGACCUUGUGGCGACUUCCGGAAGCUGAAUGCUACUACAAUUCCGGAUAAAUACCCCAUCCCGCACUUGCACGAUUUCGCCGUGGGUCUGCAGGGCGCCACAGUCUUCACCAAACUUGAUCUGGUGAAAGCAUUCCACCAGAUACCAGUGGCCAAGGAAGACAUCCAUAAAACAGCAAUAACUACUCCUUUUGGCUUAUACGAAUUUGUGAGAAUGCCAUUUGGUUUAAGGAACGCCGCACAAUCUUUCCAACGGCUUAUAGACGAGGUUUACCUUUCGCCUUUGCCUAUAUUGAUGACGUCCUGA